UUCAAUUUUUGGAUUUCCUUCUUCUUCUUCCUCUUAACUAAUUUUUGUUUUUCAGAUUUUAUCUUUCCUUUUAUCAAAAAAAACAACAACAAAGAUUCAAGCUUCUUAUCUUUUCACAAAAACCCAGAAUUCCUCAAUUUGUUCUGUUUUUUCAUAUACUAAUUCUUCAGGAAGAUUAAAAGUUUCAAACUUUUUUGGGGAGAUGGAAUCACCAUCGAUUGGUGAUUCAGUGACGGCGAGGAUGAUUCCACGACAUUCUUCUCUCGAUUCGUUCGGAGCAAUGAAAGUCUCCUUAUUGGUCAAUCUCGCAAGCAUAAGAGUCUCUAAAGCAGAGCUUCGUCAAAGAGUUAUGCUUCCUAAAUACCUCCGCAUCGCAAUCCGCGAUUGCAUUCUCCGUAAAGACGAUUCCUUCGCCGCUUCCUCCUCUGUAGCACCGCCGUUAGACAACGCUUUGACGCCUGAGGUUCCUCUGAUGGUCUUCGUUAAUCCCAAAAGCGGUGGUCGUCAAGGUCCUCUCAUCAAGGAACGUCUCCAGAAUCUUAUUAGCGAAGAACAGGUGUUUGAUCUAACGGAAGUGAAGCCUAACGAGUUUAUUCGAUAUGGAUUGGGAUGCUUAGAGGCAUUAGCGUCUCGAGGUGACGAAUGUGCUAAAGAGAUUCGUGAAAAGAUGAGAAUUGUGGUUGCAGGUGGAGAUGGAACCGUUGGUUGGGUUCUAGGAUGUCUCGGUGAACUCAAUUUACAAAACCGGCUACCUGUUCCUCCGGUUUCUAUUAUGCCACUCGGAACCGGAAACGAUCUUUCAAGAAGUUUCGGAUGGGGAGGUUCAUUCCCAUUUGCGUGGAAAUCUGCGAUAAAACGAACACUUCAUAGGGCUAGUGUUGCUCCUAUAAGCCGUUUAGAUAGUUGGAAUAUUCUGAUUACAAUGCCUUCUGGUGAAAUUGUGGAUCCUCCUUAUUCUUUAAAAGCUACACAAGAAUGUUACAUUGACCAGGGUUUGGAGAUAGAGGGAGAGAUGCCUCCAUCGACGAAUGGCUAUGAAGGAGUCUUCUACAAUUACUUUAGUAUAGGUAUGGAUGCUCAAGUGGCUUACGGUUUUCACCAUUUGCGCAAUGAAAAGCCUUACCUUGCAAAUGGCCCUAUCGCCAAUAAGAUUAUAUACUCAGGAUAUGGUUGCUCUCAGGGUUGGUUCCUCACACACUGCAUAAACGACCCGGGUUUAAGGGGUCUCAAGAACAUUAUGACAUUGCAUAUAAAAAAGUUGGACUCAUCCGAGUGGGAGAAAGUACCAGUUCCCAAAAGUGUAAGAGCAGUUGUUGCAUUGAAUCUACAUAGCUAUGGAAGUGGAAGAAACCCUUGGGGAAAUCUCAAACAAGAUUAUCUUGAAAAAAGAGGCUUUGUGGAGGCACAAGCCGAUGAUGGACUACUUGAGAUCUUUGGGUUAAAGCAAGGAUGGCAUGCUUCCUUUGUUAUGGUUGAGCUCAUAUCUGCCAAGCACAUUGCACAGGCGGCAGCGAUACGGCUGGAGAUAAGAGGAGGAGACUGGAAAGAUGCGUUUAUGCAAAUGGAUGGAGAGCCAUGGAAACAGCCUAUGACCAGAGACUACUCUACCUUUGUUGACAUUAAGAGAGUCCCUCACCAGUCUUUGGUCGUCAAAGGAGAUUGACUAUUAUCUUGACUUCUUAAAAACAAAUUAAUCUCUUCUUAUUAUAUAUUUGUCAACAAUGUAAUUGUGAAUAACAAAAAUACAUGGAAAUUAAAAGUAUAUACUUAUCUACGAUUUAAAGGCGACCAAAAUGGCAAGGUUGGUUUCAGCAAGAAGUAACUAAAAUUUUGGAGUGGAGGAUGAGUAGACGGACACUCAUACAAGAACAUAUACAAUUGGACCAAAGAGUUAUAACUUUCAUAAAGUACUAAUUGCCAUUUGUACGUACGAACCACUUGCAAUUUCUCUGUACUUUGACUUUUAGUACCAAAUCCACUAUAUGUAAAUUAUGUCUAGGGGUAAGGUUUGUUUUUUUUUUGGGUCAAAGGGG